AACGCCCCGCCGCAGCGUUGAACGGUUCGAAAACUUUAGUCUCAUAACGGAUUUUAGAACUCGGUAGAUAGAACGCCACUUCGUGCCUGACUUUGAUCGAGUGAAUAGUCGAAAUGACAGCGGCAAUGCAAGUGACCGGGGUGAACGCGGAAAGCCUCUCCGAAGUGCAAAAGUUUUACCGAAAUAAAAGUGUAUUCCUCACGGGCGGUUCGGGAUUUUUGGGCAAAGUGUUUAUUGAAAAAAUAUUGCGGGCCUCUGACGUGAAAUGUAUUUACAUAUUGAUGAGACCAAAGAAGGGACAGGCCGUGGAGGAGCGCAUAGAAGCCAUGUUUAAAAACCCCUUGUUCGCCGAAUUGAACAAGUUGAAACCAACGGCUAGAAACCGUUUAAUACCAAUACACGGCGAUUGCCAGCUAAGCAGUUUGGGUAUCUCACCCGCAGACCGUCAGACCCUACUCGAUGAGGUGGAAAUCGUAAUGCAUAGCGCCGCAACUGUGCGCUUCAACGAGCCGCUCUACAACGCACUGGCCAUAAAUGUGCGCGCCACCAUGGAUCUUAUGCAGUUGGCGAAGAAAAUGCGCAAGCUUCAAGCCUUCGUACACGUCUCGUCCGCUUUUGCAAACUGCACAGUCUUUCAUGUAGAUGAGGUCUACUACAAAAAUGAGCUCAACAUUACAGCGGAAAAUAUGUGCAAAGUCGCGGACUUAUUGGGUCCGGAGAAAACCAACCGUAUGACAAGUGAAUGGUUGGGCAAGUCACCCAACACGUACACUUUCACAAAAGCGCUUGCGGAAGAGGCGGUGCUGUCGGAAGGAAAGGAAUUGCCGAUUUGCAUCUUCCGACCCGGCAUAGUUAUACCGACCUACAGUGAACCGAUUGUUGGCUGGGUGGACAAUCUAUACGGGCCGAUGAGCAUUUUGUAUGGUGUAGCGCAUGGCGUAGUUCGUGUUCUCUAUUUACAUCUGGAUACGAAUGCAAACUUCGCUCCCGUGGAUAUGUGCGCCAAUUUGAUGCUGGUCUCGGCGUGGAAUACGGCGAAACAAGUGAACCAAACCAGCUCUAUGCCGCCACCCAUUUACAACUUUGUGCCCGAUGAGCGAAACAUGCUGAAAUGGCAGACUUAUCGACGAACUUUGGAGGAGCACGCACCGAAAAUGCCGCUUACCAAAAUGAUUUGGUAUCCCUUUGUGAUAAUAGUCAACUAUAAAUUAUUAUAUAAUAUUCUCAUAUUAUUCUAUCACAUAAUACCGGGCUACAUCUUUGACUUCCUCUUACUCCUAAUAGGGAGGAAACGUAGAAUGAUAAAAACAUAUCAAAAGCUCCAUAAGCAAAUCGGCGUACUAGACUAUUUUGUAGAGCACAAGUUCACCUUCACAAUGGAGAACACAAGCAAGUUAUGGCUCUCGCUCUCGCAUGCCGACCAGAAAAUCUUCAAUUUCAAUAUACGCGAAAUAAAUUGGCCGGAAUACUUUCAUAACUCCUUAAUGGGUGUGCGCUGCUUUAUGGGCAAGGAACAACCCGAGACCAUACCGAAAGCCAAACGGCUGAUGCAGAGACUGCUGAUUUUACAUCGCACGGUCCAGGUACUGGUCUAUGGCGGAGCCUGUGCUUUGAUGUCGUGGGCCUUUCUUCGCAUUUAAUAACCAAUAUUUAAGUAAAUUUAUGGCAAUGUGAUAAUUAAGAAUGAUUAUAGUACUCAUUGGUUUUGUUUGGAUUUCUUAGACACGAGUCUCAAUUUCGCAAUUAAAUAUGUAUUGUUCGAAUAUUCAUA